GCUGGGGAACAGGGGAAGUUGUGGGAGGGACGCCAGUGGAAGAGUGACAGCAGCAGUGACAGAGAUACAGACAGGAAAGAGACUGCGAGUUUCGAUAGUUGAGAGAUUUGCGUGAUUGGAGUUUAUAGUUAGUGUGUUGUGUAGUGUUUGGUGUUGUGUGUUUAGUGUGUAGUGGAGUUGUUUUGUUUUUUUUAGUUUUGCCAGUCAAAACAAUGAGGAGCCGGCUGAAUGUGGAGCAGGCAGGGAGGAGCUGAGGGAGCCCUGAGCCUGAGGCAUUGCCUGCAUUUAAAUGUAAAUAGUUACAUAUUACUUUGUAAAUUAUGUACAUGUAAAUGUGUGAUAUGAAACAAGUUCAUAUUUGGUAAAAACAAGUAGUUACAUACUUAAGAUACAAAGUUCAACUGAGGUCAUUCACACUCUUGGUCUCAGUAGUUUUCCUGUGUGACAUACAAACUCAGUUGAUGCACUCAAUGUGCACUGUAAUUUAUUUUAUUUUUAUUUUUUGCAGUUCAAAAGAACAGGUGGCAUUUUGUGUAAAUGCUGAUAGGAGGGUUGAGCAUGAUUCACUGUUCAGCCUUGAUCUUCAGAACUUGGCACAGCUCGAACAUAAUGAUGUCAGUAAAACCAUAUUUGAAGUCAUAAACAUGAGGAAGUUCAUCUUAGUGGGGAAAGAAAUAUCAAAGUGAACUGAUAAGGAGGGUAUAUUCUGUCUGACAGCACUCUUUUUAUUAUCCACGUUGUAUUUUUUUAAAGUGGAAGAUUAGAGCCACGAGAAAAUCUUAUUUUAGUUCUGAGUUUAAAGUGAGAACUAAACUUUUUUUUGCUCGUGGUCUUGAUUCUUCUUUGUUAAUAUGAAUGUACAUGAGAGAUUAUUGUGAAAAAGCACAUUUAAAACAUUGAAAUAUAUUCUAAAAAACAGCAGAAAUGUAAAUCAGAAGCCAUCAAAUCACAAGACAGUAAGUUUAAUAAACCAUAUCAGUCCCUGUGGUGUAUUGAAGUGAAAAGCCACUUCAUCACUGUGUGCUUGUAGGUCUUCUUACCUGAUCAGGGGUGAAUUGUGUUGAUAGAAUAAUUCUAAUUAACAUGUUUUUAAAUGAUUUGCUACACCCUCAGCACCCAGUGGCCUCAUUUCAGCACCAAAAGCUGCAGAAUCAUUGUUUUAAUGACUUAAAUCACUUUAUUGUGUUCUCUAAUCGGGCACUGAAAAUUGAAUUUGACACAAAAAUCUAAAAAAAAAAAAAAAGGUAUUACCAUUCGCAUUCAUUAAAUGAGUUACAGCCCAAAUUCUUUUUUCUCCAUCCAAGUUCCCAAAAGUGAAGAUUCUCACUUAGUAAAGUUAUGGGGGGUCGGUGUCGGUGCUGUGAUGGCAUCUCGUCACUUUACAUUUAUGUGUUGUUUUAUUAGUCAGACCAAUAAAAUCUUCAAAGUUUUUAUCCUUUAUUUGAUAUCCUUUAUUAAAUAUGCAGCAGCAGAGCAAACUGCCUGCAGCUCCUUCCAGCAGCAGUGAUGAAGAGCAGUCAGCUGCCUCUGCACAGCCUGGUAGCUCCUGUUCACAUAGAGCCUGUGACUCCUGGAUGAACACAUGUGAAUCUGCCGUGUACUUUGCUGUGGAUCAGGGUUCACUCAACACUUUGAACAGAGAAUUUAACUGCGUAGUGCAAAACAAAAGCAAGAGCUGAUCAGAAACUGACAGAACGCUUCACUUCACUUGAAAGUCCAUACUUUCUACACCUUCAAAGAUUACCUUACAUCACUGUAUAGUAAAUACUAGUUUGCAGAUGAGAUUUGUUUGGUUUAUGUUACAAUUGUUCCACAGAUUUCAUGAUUUUAUUUAUAGAGUGCAGCGUCUGCACAUAUUCAGAUCGACAGGUGGGUAGGAGACGAAAAUGGCUCCCGCACACAGUCCACUUCACUGGAAAUUAAGAUUAUGACGUUUCGGUAGUUAGACCUUGAUCAUCUUAUCUUGGAGGGUCAAUGGAGGAGGCUGUCAAAGUAGAUAACCUGAUGAAGGUGUUGGUACCAAAAAAUGAAUCAAUCAGUUAUAUGAAGACUGAAGUUGUGACUCCUGAUGAAUCUCAACUGUCUCUUUUCUUGAUUUUCUUGCUGGAUGUGAUCCUGUAAUAAAAAGAGUCACUUCACAGCUGCUCAUAACUGUGCAAGGUGACGAUUAAUGGUUAACAAGUGUCACAGAUUGAGAACAAAGAUAUAAUUAUGAAAGCGCUUCCUGUGCACUUUAUCUCUGCUCAUUUAAAGUGACUGGUGGGAUUUCUUGUGAAUGCUGAGGGGUGGGGGGUGAGCAGGGUGAAAGUGUUGCAUCAGGUCUUGUAUAUAAAGAGCUGAUGGUGCAGACAGACUUCUACUUCUUGAGUUCAUCAGCAGACCAGCUCUUCUCUACAGAACACAGCCAUGGCCAGCAGAUUUGUGAGAGAUGGAACGACCAUAUACAACAAUGAGGAGAUCAGGAUUGUGCUGCUGGGGAAGACUCAAGUUGGGAAGAGCUCCACAGGAAACACCAUUCUGGGAAAAAAUAUGUUUGAAUCAAAGUCCUCCUCUGAUUCUUUGACUAAAUGCUGUGAUAAAGUCAAUGAUGUCUUACAUGACCAGCAGGUUGCUGUUAUCGACACUCCAGGUCUGUUUGACACCUCUGAGACUGAAGAGAAGAUCAAACAAGAUAUUGCUGAGUGCAUGUCUUAUGCUUCUCCUGGACCUCACAUCUUCCUGAUCGUCAUCAGACUGGGCAGAUUCACAGAGGAAGAGAAGAAGACGGUGCAGAUGAUUCAGCAAACCUUUGGAGAUGAAGCAGACAAACACACCAUGGUUCUCUUCACCCAUGGUGACCUGCUCGAAGGAAAACCCAUUGAGGAGUUCUUAAAGGGAGAUAAAGACCUGCAGGAACUCGUGUCCAAAUGUAACGGUCAGUACCACGUCUUCAAUAACGAGCUGGUGGAUCGUUCUCAGGUCAGAGAGCUGCUGAACAAGAUCAGAAACAUAACAGAGAAGAACGGAGGAAGCCACUACACCACUGAAAAGUUCCAGGAGGCAGAGAAGAUAAUUGAAGAGGAGAAACAAAAAAUCCUGAAAGAGAAUGAAGAGCAAAGGCACAGAGAGCUGGGCGAGCUGAAGAAGGAAAUAGAGAAGAAGUAUGAUGAAGUAUUGAAGGCGAUGAUGGAUGACCCGGUGGAAGAGAAACAACUGAGAAGAGCUGCUGAAAGAGAAUCAGAGGAGAAAUGUAGAAAACUACAAAAAAAGCAUGACGACGAAGCUCGACGUAAGGCAGAGCGAAAUGCUGCAAUAGCCAUAACAGUAGGGCUGCUGGCAUGGUUAAUUCCUACAGCUGUUGUAGUAGCGAGUCUUUGCUGUAUUUCAUAAAAAGCUUCCUGACUUUGUGAUGUCAGACUGCAGCAGAUAAAUUAGCUGCAGCUCCAGUUUUUGGUCUCCUCAUUGGGCCUGAAUUGUAGAAAUCACAUACUGAUUGAAAAUUGCUGUUGUUGUAGAUUUUGAUGUGAUGUGAUGUGAUGAUUGGAAUA